AUGGAGACGUCAAUGGUUCACCCUCCUCAGUUGGAGGGAAAGUCCCACGACCAUGAUGAGCCGCUGCAAUUGCACUCAAUGCCUACCUGGAAGCGGUAUGAAUCCGAAGAAGAGGAAGUGUCUGAGACCAGCUCUGUAAGAGCCUUUACGCCGUCCGACGCAGAGUCGGGGAAUGACGAUACCGCCGAUAGCUCUGCUAGCGAAGCAGAAUAUGGUGUCGUGAUUGAGAAUGGCAUGCCGUCUCCGUCCCAAGAGGUAUCAGACGAGUCGUCCAGUAUCUACUCGCGACGGCUAUCAGUGGUGACUGCUAAGCGGGCCAGUGCGGUCACUUAUUAUACUGACGGUAGAAUGGGGAGUGAUGACUCUGCCAGAGAAUAUGUUACGCCGCCUCUAUCUCCAUCGUCUGUUCCAUUCCUUGGCGGUGAGGAAGAGGAAGAGGAAGAACAGCAGGUCUUUGAAGCAAAAAAAGUCCAGUACACAGCACCUACCAUGCGGCCGAACAUUAUCUUCAUUCAAAACCCUGAGUCACCCAAACGCCCGGAAAAUCUACGCAAACGCUCGUCAACUGCCUCGGGCUUGAGCUCCCCUGACCGCUCCAAGCGCUACUCUGCAAUGUUCUUCCGGGAUAUCUCGCAAGACGGCGAAGUCGCAUACGUCGAAUCUCAGAAGCACGUACGCGCACGAUCUGCCCAGCGAGUUGGAAGUAGCCCUUAUCGUUCAAGAGGCACUUCUCCUGCAAAGGGUGGAAAUGCUAAUGCUGAUGCGGAGACACGACCACAAUGGCCGCGAAGGAAUACUUCUCUACGAUCUACAGGAAGUGUCUACAUGACACCGUCAGAUGAGGUGCCUCGAGCGCGUUCUCGACCUCGCUCUAUCCGUAGCUCUGGCCUCGCCAGCGACCAAAUGAGCUCUAGCUCACGAUCAUCAAAGCAAUUAUCUACACAUAACUCGUCCACAUCAUCACUGCACAACUCAUCGACAUUCUCCUUCGAGCCCUGCUCCCCCGACUCCGCCGACAAGACCAAGUCUGCUGCCCCUCACCCACUCUCCAUCAUCACCACCCUAUCCCCUGCACCCAUCCAAUUCACCGGCCCUUUUGGCACGACUGAGAACGCUUCUGGCCUAACGCCACACGCGCGCUCAGCCUCGACCCAAAGCGACAUUGACCCAACCUACACUCCAUGCUCUCCCUACUCGCCCAUGGAGCCACAAAAUUCACAAUUAAAGUCUAUCGACACGACCCCGCAAAUCUUACGGCCGGGGCCACCAGGCUUGUACGGGCUCCGCCACAACCCAUCUCUCACGCUCGUUACUCGUCCCGAAGACCUCGAGCCAUCCUCUGCAGACCCUCAUCAACCAAGACGAUUCAGCAGGGACUGGUCUAUCUCAUCGCCCGCAUCAGCAAAACCAUCCUCCAAAUCAGCCAAUGGAACGAGUGCUAUGAAAUCAUUGAUGGGCGGGUUCCGGGGGCUAGGGCGGCCACGAAAGCGAUCACUGGCCCCAGCCCCCAACCAAUCCUGA